GAAUUCAUUUCAACUGGGUCCCUAUUUCUGUCUUGCAUUGCCUCCGCGGACUCUUUUAUUCUUCCGUCGGACAUCAUACGGACCCACAACACAACUCUGCGUUGCCGACGGACCUGGAAACGUCACGUCAACGCAAAUGACUCGACGAAAAGUAUUUCUAAACUCGCGGGUGGAGAACUAAACGGACUUGUAGUAAAUCUCCUUCUCAAAGUCGGGUAGGGGUAGAUACCCCUCUUGGUGUAUAUAUACCCCCGCUAUUCACUCAACUUCCCUCCCUCAACACAAACAUGAUUACCAACAACCAACUUAUCCAAA